AGUUGCGUAAUGAACUGCGCAUACUGAAGGAAGAUGCGGCCACAUUCUCAAGUCUACGAGCAAUGUUUGCUGCCCGCUGCGAAGAAUAUGUAACGCAAGUAGAUGAACUAACUCAUCAGCUAUCGGCCGCCGAGGAGGAAAAGAAAACGUUGAACCAAUUACUGCGACUAGCAGUGCAACAGAAAUUGGGUUUAACCCAGAAGCUAGAAGAACUUGAGAUGGACCGGGAGAUGCGUCAUGUUCGACGACCAGCUGUUUCGCAGCGUGGAGGAGGAGGCGGAGGUGGUGGCGGAAAAUCCGCAUUUUCGCGUGGACAGCCGGCUAGAAAUAGCUUGCAAAAUCCGAAUAGCAACAGUAACAAUUCAAACCAAGCGUUCUUCUAACAUAAGGUGAGCGUGCAGCGCAAGAUUCUGGCCUUCCUUUACACGCUUCUAAAACUCUAGAUGCGCUUGUGUUUUAAAUGUUCGGAGUAUAGGUCUCUAAGAUACAUUGUCAUGUAUUUUAGUGAACACAUAGGCAUUCUUAGCCCUUUCCAAACAACAAUCGUUCGAGCAUCUGUUAAUUGGCAUCCGGGUUUGUUAUCGAUCUUAUUUCGUUCGGGCAAAGCUGUACUUUAAGUGCAGUGCUAUAGACGACCAGAAAAUCUGCGAAUUAAUAUUCAUAACGCGUGUAUCAUAAGACAAACGCAUGCAGUAGGGGGCUAUCUGGUAAACCAUUAUACCAAUUACGAGUCGGGUCAAACACGAUCCCAAACAACUCGAUUUAAAAUGGAGUUUUAUUUUUUUUAAUGCAUUAAAUGUAUAUCCAUCCACGAAUGAAUCGAGCGAGGUAGGUUAGAAUGAGAUAUAUUACUCGUUGAUAGGAAAACGUACUGAGAAGCAUAAAUGGCGUCCGAUAAAACACAUAUUUAUAUGUGUUGAAUGUUUAUAUUUAUUUAAACAAAUUGAUUCUAACGGCAGCACAUGUUUUUGCCAAAUUCAAACAGGAAACAGGAAACGGUAAAAAAAAACAUGCAAACGCCAAAAUAAAAAUUUCUAAAUAACUGGGACUUAUCACAGAGCUAAUCAAGUUCCCUAUUUUAGUGAUGC